AUGGAUCUCCUAGUCAGGACUGCCAGUCAGCGGCAGCAGCAUCUGGAACAGGUGUUGGUUGGGGAGGAGGGAGUGGGAGAGGGAGAAGGGGAGGGUGUGGGGGGGAGUGAAAGCGGGGGUGUGGGGGAGAGAGGAGAUGAGAGUGUGGGGGAGGAGGAUAAGGGGUGGGAGGGGAGAGGAGAGCGGAGAGGAUGGAAGGGAAGGGUGGGGGGUCUGAGCAGGUGUGUUUCGGAAGGAGAGUGGUAUGAGAGGUUAAGAGAGGUUGGAGGGGUGACGGGAUGGGGGGGAUCAGAAGGAUGGGACAGGAGGGAAGGGGGUGAAGAGGUGAAAGGAGGGGAAAGGGAAGAGGGGAUAGGAGGGAGGGAGGGAAGGGAAGGGCUACAGGUGUGGGGGGGAAUGGGGUCAGGGCAAGAAGGCUUGAGGCAUGACAGAGGCAGAACUGGGCGCAAGGGCGGGAAUGGUGAUGGUAGUGGUAGUGGGAGCGGGAGUGGCAAUGGCAGUGGCAGCACCAGUGGCAGCGGCAGUGGCAGUGGCAGUGGCAGUGGUAGUGGUAGUGGGAGUGGGAGUGACAGUGGGAGUGAGGGUGGGGGUGAGAAGGCGAGUGGGGAGGAGCGAGUGGAUGGAAGGAGAAGGACGAGCGAUGUGGGUGCUGCACUGCGCAUGAUGGGAAGAGAGGAACGGGAAGCUGCACAAGGGGGCGAUGGGAGCGGAGUGGGUAGUGUUGGUGAUGGCGAUGUGCGUGAUGGCGAUGUGCGUGAUCCCGGAGGGGAAGUAGGAGAAGGAGGAGGAAGGGGAGUGGGAGGAGGAUCAGAGCAAUUAACACAAGCAGGGCAACCAGAGCAACCAAGGCUAUCGGAUUCAGAGUGGAGGCGGGCAGGAAGCAGGUACCUGCUGCCUCUCCCCCCCCGAAAGACUACUGAGGCGCCUCAAGAUUCAGAGUGGGGGCGGGCAGGAAGCAGGUAUGUGCUGCCUCUCCCCCCCGGGAGGCAGCAGGCACGGGUGCUGCAAAGGGGGCACUCCUUAGAUGAGCGGGGGAGCAUGGGGGGAAGGGGGUUGCGUGUGCUGCGAGUGGCAGGGAUUAGAUGGGGGAGCGGGUCUGGGAGGGAUGGAGACGAGUGGCACGCAGCGGCUUGCUCUGCUGCUGCUGCUGGUGCUGCUGCUGCUGCUGCUGCUGCUGCUGCUGCUGCUGCUGCUGGUGCUGCCGCUGAUGCUAGUGCUGGUGCUGGUGCUGGUGGUGUGGGUGGAGUGUUGGUUGCGAAAGGAGGGAGGAAAGGGAGGAGUGAGAGUGGGGGAGGUGAGAGUGUAAGCGGUUGGAGUCGGGAAAGUGCGGAGGUGAGGGAGGGAGUGAGAACGAGAGGAGGGGCGGUGGAGGUGGAAGAGGAGGGGAGUGAAAGCACUUUGGAUGUGGAAGAGGAGGGGAGUGUUGGAAUGCCUACUGGAGGGGACGUUCUUAACGCGGAUGGUGCUUCUGCUGCCCAGCUCGAUGCUUCUUCCUCACCUGCAACAGCAGCACCGGCAGCAGCAGCAGCAGCAGCAGCGGUGGCGGCGGUAUGUUUGUCUAUAGCCAACAUAGCACCAUCAGCAGCAGCAGCAGCAGCAGCAGCAUCUACAGCCAGACAUACACCCUCUCUCCAUUCCCAUCCACCACCACCACCACCACCACCAGCAGCUUCUCCCAUCCAACCUCCGGUCAUCAUCCCCCUCACCACCCCCUCUCCCUCAACCACCUCUGGUGAUGCGCUUUCCCAACUCUUUCCCCUGCCACCGCCGCCACCGCUUGUCAUCGCCGCUCGCCCCCAAACCGCAUCACCAGCCGUGUCACUAUCAACACCAUCACCAACAGCACCCCCAUCGGCGCCAAAAUGGUCCCCUAGCCGCCCCCCACCGGUCCCCACCCCACGAACACCCUCCCAUUCCCCUCCCUCUCCCUCCAGGCGACCUGCCCGCUCCUCUGUACUUCCCUCCAGCCCACCAGUUGGAACUUCUCCUCCACCUCUCAGUGCGGGUAAGCCUGCUGCUUCUCAGCUGUCCCUGUCCCUGUCUCGCGCGCCAGUGGUUCCACGGGAUUCCAGUGCAGCAGCAGAAGCAGCAGCAGAAGCAGGAGAAGCAGCAGAAGCUCCUGUUGUAGCGAGGUCACCUGUGGCAGGGCUUCGAUGGGGCAAAGGCAGUGGAGAGACGGCCGAGAAGGAGGAGAGAGUUCUGUCAGCUGCUGCUGCUGCUGCUCGUGAUGCUGAUUAUUCCUCUUCUUCUUCUGCUGCUGCUACUUCUGCUGCUUCUGCUGGUGCUGAUGCUGCUGCUGCUGCUGCUGGUGCAGUUGCUGCCGCUGGCGUUGGUGCUAGCAAGGACCUUGAGGCAGCAGCGGCGGGGGAAGGGCAAGGGCAGUGGGUGCAGCAGGGGAGCUUGCAGCGGCAGACAUCUAUCAGACGACACGAGGCAGUAUGGGCUCUUGUGGCACGACAAGGCUCGUCCUUUGAGGCACCUCACAACACGUCCUUUGAGGCACCUCACAACUCAUCUUCUGAGGCGCCUCAAACGUUGCAGCGGCAGACGUCUGUUGGACGUAACAAGGCAAAGCGGGCAGCAGAGGGCGAGGCUAUGGCUGCGGGGGCAGCAGUUCCAGAUCAGAGUGACAGAGGAAGCUAUGGGACAGGUGCGGCUGGUGGGAUGGGUGAGACGGGAGGGAUGAGUGAGACGGGUGCAGGUGCGAAGCUGGUUGAGGGUGACACGAGUAGCGAUGGGUGGGACGAGGGCAAGGGACGUGUGGGAAGGGAUAGGGGGCGGACGAGACGUGAAGAGGGGGGAGGGUCUGGGAGGUUGGGUAAAUGGGCAUGCGGUGCAGGUUCGGACGGGAGUGAAGGAUCUGGUUCGGAAUCAGGGUCGAGUGAAAGAUCGGGGUGCCGAGGCAGGGUUGGAGCGAUGCUUUCGUCUCCUUCUGCUGCCACGGCUAAAAGGCUCUCCAUACCCCCUUCUGGUGCUGCUGGUGCUGGUGGUGAUACUACCACUGCUGCUCUCCUCACCACCACCACACCUGCUGCCACUCCCACCACUGGCAGCAUGAGCAGCAGCAGCAGCACCAGCGGCGGCGGCGGCAUGAACAUGAACCCAGUAGAACUACUCAAAGAGGAAAUGGCAAAAGCAGACCCAGUGGGUAUAUUAGCAGCAUGCGAGCUGCUGCGGCACCUCUCCCGCCGCGGCACGCGCUGGCGGGAAUACAUAACCGUGGCUGGAGGGAUCCCGCCGCUCCUAGCUCUCACGCAGGCUCGGCAGCUCCCGGACCUGGUCGAGAGCUCCAUUGCUGCGCUUCGGAACGUUUCUAUCCUGGAUGUGAACCAGCGGCUGCUGCAGGUGGCCGGCGCCGUUUGUCCUGUUGUGGAGUUGCUGGAGCAUGUGUGUGCGUGUAUGCCCUCCCCUCCUCCCUCCCCUUCCUCCCUCCCUGCGCAUAUCAUCGCUCUGCGCCUCUCCAUCUACCGCCCGAACAAGCCGCUGAUCGUGGCGACGGGAAUCGUACCCCAUAUAGUGAGCACCGUUUGCGAGAGGGACGACGUGCGGGGUACUCUGGUGGAAGACUGUGCUGUUCUGCUGGCGUCUCUGGCUGCAGCAGGGGAAGGCCGGCAGGCGAUUGUGAAUGCCGGAGGGAUUGCUGGAAUGCGGAGGGUUCUUGAGGAGGGGUCGAGCCUUGGGAGGGAGGCGGCAGUGACGACGCUGCUGCUGGUGGCGGCGGAAGGGAGGGAGUCGUGGAGGGAAGAGGUGGUGGGGUUGAGGGUGGAGGCGUUGCUGGGGAGGAUGGUGGAGGGGAGGGGGCAGACUGAACGAGGCAGGAGGAAGAGGCAGGUGAGUCUGGUGAACAGGGAGAGGGAGGAGGUGCGCAAUAGGAUCUCCCUGCACCAUCAGUACACUCUUCAGCCUGCUCCAGUUGGGUAG